AUGGUAAUGGGGCAUGAGGGAAAGGUGAUUCCUCUAGGCCAUGUAGAUGGGGAUGCAAUUAGAUUGGUUACUGCUUCAAAGAUUUGGAUUGAUCACAAUACAUUUUACAGUUGUCAAGAUGGUUUGCUUGAUGUAACUCGAGGUUCCACUUAUUUGAUUAUAUCUAAUAAUUGGUUCAAAAAUCAAGAUAAGGUUAUGCUUCUUGGACUUGAUGAUGGAUAUGUGAGAGAUCAAAACAUGAAGGUUACUGUUGUGUAUAAUCAUUUUGGACCAAAUUGCAAUCAACGCAUGCCAAGGUGUGGAAUAAAAAGGCAUUCAUUCAUCUCUUCUGAAGGAUCCCAGAACACAUUUUGUAAUGGGGAAAGUAGAAAGACUAGCAGAGCUUGGUUAGUGGUUUGGGUUGCAGUUAUUGCUUGGUCACUGAAUGAGGUAAUUUUCAAAGAUGCACCGAUUGAUCUUGAGGAAGUUUUGGAAUUGGCUAAGGUCAUGUUGGGGCUUAGAUUACUGCUAUGGUGA